UUAAAGGCAUAUAAUAAUGGCGCAUUCUGAUUGAAUCAGUUGGAUACACAUCUCUUUUCGCAACGUAUGUAUGAUCAAUGAUGAUGAUGAUGAAUUUACCAUCAGGAAUGAGCUGGUUAGCCAGUCAAGUUGCUGGACAUCAUUCGGAUCCAGCGAAAAACAAUAUUCGAAUCAUUGAAACAAACAAUGGAUGUGUUUUGAAAGCCGGGCAAAAGGAAGAUCUUCAGACGCGUGAGGUAUCAUUCUAUGAAAAAAUAAAAAAUUCUGAUGAAUCACUAUAUAAUGAAUUACGGACAUUAACUCCAAAAUAUUUUGGUACAAGAGAAUUACUAUUGGGGAAGAGAAGGAUUCAAUUUAUUGUUUUGGAGGACAUCACUGUUGGUAUGAUUGAGCCCUGUGUAAUGGACAUAAAAAUAGGUAAACGUACGUGGGAUCCUUUAGCGAGUAUUGAGAAACGAGCAGCUGAGGAAGUGAAAUACGUCGAGUCCAAGAAAGCUUAUGGCUUCUGCAUCCCUGGAUUUCAAGUUUAUGAUUUGUCAACGAGGGAUUUUAAAAAAUUUGGCAAAGAUUAUGGAAAGAGGUUGAAUAAGGAAACUACUGUCCAAGGAGACUGCCCCGAGGAAAUUAACUGUCUUCGCGUCAAAAUGAUCGACUUUACUCACGUCUUCUCAGCCGAGAAUGAGAACCUAGACAUCAAUUACCUCGCAGGCAUCACGAAUCUCGUUAAAGUACUUGAGUCAUUAAUUAGAUAAAAAAAUAAAAAUUUUACAAAACCUU